AUGUCGGGCAUCUCAGCCCAUGCUCAGCCUGGCGGCACGAGCACGAGCCGGUGCCAGCUUGGCGGAAUGAGCGCGAGUCGCUCCCCAGCCAUGUUGAAACUCCGGGAGAGUUCCACAGCGCGGGAUCCAGGACGCGGGCCGCCCCUUGGCCGUAUCCAAGCGUCUGGGAAGGUCCACAGCGUGGUGGCCAGAGGCCACUACGGCAUCAUGUAUAUCUAGGGCCUGCAAGACUCUCUGUAAAUGAGUUUGGAGGGCAAGCAACCGUUUCUGUUUCUGUUUUUUCUGUGGAGUGCUGCCAGGCACUUUUGCUGAAUACACCACUGCCCUGCACGCUUUCUUUAGACCGUUGGGUAACCUGAACCUCUGAGACCUCCCAGCGAGAACCCC